GAACUGUAUAAAAGCCUUCUCACUCUGCAGGCUCCUCAUCCACUACCACUCAACUGCUCUCAUCUGUGAAUCAGCUCUGCCCCAUCACGUCAAGAUGUCCUACUAUGGCCAGCAGUGCAAGCAGCGGUGCCUGCCCCUGCCCAUCUGCCAAGACCAACUCCCUGUGAAAUGCCCACCCAUGUGUCCUCAGCAGUGGACACCGCAAUACUCCACCAAGAGCUACUCGGGCUACGACGGGUACUGCGAGUCCAGCUCACUGCAGUGCAUGGAGCCAUGUGGUCCCAAAGGCUGGCGGAAGUGUAGGCCUCAGUGUGAGCAAGUGUGUCUCCCACCAUGCCCCCCGUCAUGUAUCACCAAGUGCCCCCCACCAUGUGUGACCAAGUCCCCCCCACCAUGCGUGAAGUGCCCCCAGCAGUGCGUCACCAAGUGUCCCCCACCAUGUGUGACCAAGUCCCCCCCACCAUGCGUGAAGUGCCCCCAGCAGUGCGUCACCAAGUGUCCCCCACCAUGUGUGACCAAGUCCCCCCCACCAUGCGUGAAGUGCCCCCAGCAGUGCGUCACCAAGUGUCCCCCACCAUGUGUGACCAAGUCCCCCCCACCAUGCGUGAAGUGCCCCCAGCAGUGCGUCACCAAGUGUCCCCCACCAUGUGUGACCAAGUCCCCCCCACCAUGCGUGAAGUGCCCCCAGCAGUGCGUCACCAAGUGUCCCCCACCAUGUGUGACCAAGUCCCCCCCACCAUGCGUGAAGUGCCCCCAGCAGUGCGUCACCAAGUGUCCCCCACCAUGUGUGACCAAGUGCCCCCCGCAGUGUGUAACUGAGUGUGUGACCAAGUGCCCCCCACCAUGUGUGACCAAGUGCCCACAGCAGUGCGUGACCAAGUGCCCACAGCAGUGCGUGACCGAGUGCCCACAGCAGUGUGUGACCAAAGGUCAAUCAAGCAAAGUGAAGAUUUCAAGCAAUAACAAGAAGUACUGCUCUGCCUCCAAGUGGUUUUGAUAAAGCACGAAGGA